CGCACAUGCAUUGAGAGAAACUCACACACACACACACACACACACACACACACACACACACACACACACACACAUAUACGAUUGGCGGCCACAUUUUCACAGCCUGCUCUUCAGACUGACAGCAGCAAACGGAGUUGAGAGGCAGCACGAAGAGAAAGAGGAUUAGAAACAAGGGAGGCAUCAACAGAGGAGAGGAGACAACACAGGAUUUUGGCCUCUUUUAUCUCUCUGGGAGCCAUAAAAGGAUUCCACCCUGUACUCUUCUUGAACUGAACUUGCUCUGCUGCUAAGAGGACGUGCACCCUGAUAUGGCAGCUCUGGUGGGACAUGGGAACACUGUCUCCCUCUCAUCUUGUUCCUCUCAUCGUUGGACUACCCUCAUCUGGGCUCUGUUGUUCCUUUUAGGCAAAGUGUGGGGCUUUAACCUGGAUACUACUCACACACUGCAUAAGUUGGGAGACCAUGGCACCUUUUUUGGUUUUUCUCUAGCACUUCACCAGCAGCUUACCCCAGAGCCUCAGAGCUGGAUCCUGGUGGGGGCACCGCAGGCAGCGGGGCAGGGCCUGCUGAGAGGCAGCCGGCCAGGAGCCUUGUUCAGGUGUCCAAUCACACCCGAGGAGUACGAUUGUGAGAGGGUGGAUAUUGAUGGAGAAGUGAGUCUGGACAGAGAGAGCAAAGACAACCAGUGGCUGGGAGUCACUGUCAAGAGUCAGGGGAUUGGAGGGAAGGUGGUGACCUGUGCUCACCUGUAUGAGCUCAGGCAACGUGUAGGUCAACCUUCAGAGACUCGUGACCCCAUUGGACGCUGCUACGUCCUGAGUGAGGAUCUGACAGAGCGAGAUGACCUGGACGGAGGGGAGUGGAAGUUCUGCGAGGGCCGGCCGCAGGGACAUGAGCAGUUUGGCUUUUGUCAGCAGGGAAUGUCCGUCAGUUUCACCCCAGACAACAACUUUAUUUUGUUUGGUGCUCCGGGAACUUACAACUGGAAAGGUGAGAUGCGGGUCCAGCUCCUAAACCAGACUCUGCUUGACCUUGGUUUCUAUGACGACGGGCCCUACGAGGUGGCAGAUCAGAAACAACUUAAUGCCCAGCUCAUCCCUGUGGCUUCCCACAGUUACCUGGGGUUUUCUGUGGACUCGGCCAUGGGCAUAAUGAGCCUCGGGGAGCUGACCUUUGUGGCGGGUGCACCUAGGGCCAAUCACACAGGGGCAGUGGUGCUGCUGAGGAAGGACAAUGUGUACCGGCUCGUGCCGCAGCACAUCUUCUGGGGGGAGGAGCUGGCGUCUUCAUUUGGGUACUCGGUAGCUACGACGGAUCUGAACAGGGACGGCUGGACCGAUCUGAUUGUUGGAGCGCCUAAUUUCUUUGACCGUAAGGCAGAGAUUGGUGGAGCUGUGUAUGUGUACCUAAACCCCUUCGGUCACUGGGACGACCAGGCUCGACCCAUCCGUCUCAAUGGGACAUACGACUCCAUGUUUGGAAUGACGGUCAGCAAUGUAGGAGAUCUGGACCAGGAUGGAUACGGAGAUAUUGCUGUGGGGGCACCGUUUGAUGGAGAUGGCAAAGUUUUCAUCUACAGGGGCUCAGAUGCUGGAAUUGAAACCAAACCUGCUCAGGUGCUGGAUGGUCGCGACUUUGAUGUGAGACGUUUUGGAUACUCCAUCUCAGGCAGUUUGGAUAUUGAUAAUAACCACUACCCAGAUAUUGCAGUGGGCUCUCUUAAUGACUCAGUGGUCCUUUUCAGGUCUCGUCCAGUCAUCCAUGUGAUCAGAGAAAUAUCUAUCGAUCCUCAGUACAUUGAUCUGGAGCAGUACAACUGCAAGGGCAGAGAGGGAGUCUGCGUGGAGGUCAAGGCCUGCUUCACCUUCACAGCCCACCCAGAACACUACUCGCCACACAUGACCUUGGUGGUGCACUUUGAAGCUGACACAGAGCGCAGGAAGCUGGGCCUCCCACACCGCGUUAACUUCCUGGGCCGCAGUUCCCUGGAGCCGGAGUUUACUCAGACAGAAGAAGUGGAGCUGCAUCGGCAGCGUCACCCUGUGUGCACCACUGCUACCUUCCAGCUCCAUGAGAACAUCAUUGACAAACUGCGUCCCAUCUCGUUGGCGAUAACCCACACUAUCAAGCCUGUGCCACCACGCAGACACUCAGGUGCCAAGAUGCUGGAGAAGCUGGCGCCUGUACUGAGUGUUUCCCCCUCUAACACGCUGCACUCUGAGGUGAACUUCCUGCGAGAAGGAUGCGGCAGCGACAAAAUCUGCCAGAGCAACCUGAAGCUGAACUCCCAGUUUGGAACACGACCCCUGACCUCCGACCUCUUCACCCCUCUGCCAAAAGAUGAGGAUGAUGUGCAGGUGUUCUCCCUGUCAGACCAGCGGCUGGUGGUGCUGGAGAUCACCGUCACCAACAUGCCCUCUGACCCCCUGCACCCUGAGGAGGACGGAGACGACGCCCACGCUGCUCAGCUGCUAAUCUCCCUUCCAAACACUCUGUCGUAUGCUGGCUCCAGGAUCCCACCACAGAUGAGGUGCCAAGCAAACCAGAAUGGCUCCCAAGUUGAAUGUGACCUGGGAAACCCUGUGAAACGAGAUGCUAAGCUGAAAUUCUCCAUCAACUUGAGCACAUCAAACAUCACGAUUGAGACCACUGAGUUGACAGCAGAUCUCUUACUGACAACUAUCAGUGAGCAGCUUGAUCUGGUGCCAGUCACAGCUUUUGCUAGAGUUGUGAUAGAGCUCCCUCUGUCUGUCAGUGGGCUUGCUACUCCGCACCAGCUGUUCUUCAGCGGGACAGUGAAGGGAGAGAGUGCCAUGACCAGUCUGGAGGACAUCGGCAGCCCCGUUGAUAUUGAGUUUGUGGUUGCUAAUCCCGGCCAAACUCUGCAAACGCUCGGCUCGGCCUUCCUCAACAUCAUGUGGCCUUACGAGCUGGCCAAUGAGAAAUGGCUCUUGUAUCCCGUCAGCUUGAAGUUUGAAGGUCACCCAAACACACAGUGCACCCCAACAGGGGCAUUGAAUCCUCUGAAGCUACACAGCUCCUCACCUGCAGAACUCCCACAGCCUGUCAGUCACAGUGCUGGGCGAACGCGCCGCUCCCACCCAGAGGAGGACGGUCAAGUGACGACAAAAGGCAGCAUGGGCCGAACCACCCCUGCUGUGGCAGCUUCAGAGAGACGCAAGUCGCUCAAACUGGAUUGUCUCUUGGGGUCGGCACGCUGUGUCCUGAUACAGUGUCCCCUCCACAGCUUCUCUGGUCAAGCUGUCCUGAAGAUCCAUGCCAGGCUGUGGAACAGCAGCUUCAUAGAGGAGUUUUCAGCUGUCAGUGCUCUGGAGCUGCUGAUCAGAGCCAACAUCACUGUGAAGUCCAAUAUCAAACAUCUGGUCCUCAGGGAUGCUGCUGCACAGGUUCCAGUGAUGAUCUAUCCUGAGCCUGGUCUCGCUGACCAGUACUGGAUCCCGUGGUGGAUCAUCCUUAUAGCCGUCCUGGCAGGCAUCCUGCUACUGACUCUGUUGGUCUGCAUACUAUGGAAGUGUGGCUUCUUCCAACGGGCCCACUACAAAGACAAAUUGCCUCAGUACCACGCGGUGAAGAUUCCUCGCGAGGACCGGCCACAGUUCCAGACUGAAAAGUCAGGAGUUGUCCAUAAAAAGGAAUGGGCCACGCACUGGAUCGACGGGACCUCGUAACUUCCUUCGAAGCACUGACUGACAAAAUAAAUUAAAAUCACCAUGUGUGGCACGCAUGUGUCUUUGCAUUGGAACUAACGGACUAAAAAAAGUGCACACAGACUGAGAUCAUGACAUCUUUUGCACUCCACUGUGUCAGUACUUGCAUAUCGGUGGCCUGUUACACUGUGACUGGAUCUAUACUCUCCCAUGCUGUAGCCCGCUGAUGGCCAGCCUUGCAUAGUCUAUUUAUAUUGUGCAGCUAUAUCAGUGUGUUACAGUACAUACUGAAGGCCAACACCAAUAUUAGAACCAGUCUAGCUGCUCACAUGCUUUACAGCCUGCCGCCAUGCACUUCACUGUCUGUCAUCAGGACAGGAGAAAAAAAAUCAUGACUCAAAGACAUGCAUGAAUGCACAAACAUACAGUACAGUAUAAUCUUAGAUGCAUAGACACAAUGGACAUUGUUGAUGAAGAAGCCAAUGCCCGUGACAAAUACUUUUUUGCCUUAAAGCUCCAUUGUGUAAUGUUUUAAGUUGAUUCUUAGCAAAGAAACCUUUGUUCU